GUGACACAAUGCCAACACUAACCAAACUGGAACCGAGUGAAGAUAAUUUUCCUCGAUGCCGACGGAAAAUUCUGACGUGGAACAAAUAAUUUUGGCGACAGCGGGGUACGAUCACACGAUUAAACUAUGGCAAACGCAUACAGGGAUCUGCCAUCGAACGUUGCAGCACGCGGAAUCACAGGUGAAUGCUUUAGAAAUAACCCCCGAUAAAAAAAUAUUGGCCGCCGCGAGUUACCAGCACAUCUACAUGUACGAUUUGCAAACGAGCAACCCAAACGCAAUCGUCAACUAUGAGGGCACUUCCAAGAAUGUUACGUGCAUAGGGUUUCAGGAGGAUGGUAAAUGGAUGUUCUCGGGCGGGGAGGACUGCAGUGCGCGUAUUUGGGAUUUGAGACUGGGAACCAUUCAAUGCCCGAAAAUGUUUAAAAGUCAGUCCGCCAUAAACUGUGCCGUGCUACAUCCUAAUCAGGUGGAAUUGUUCGUAGGGGACCAAAACGGAAUAAUAUAUCGUUGGGACUUACGAACUGAUCAACACGAGCAAUUUAUGCCUGAAAAUGACGCUUUGAUUCUAAGCAUUGAUAUAUCACCCGAUAUGUCACAAAUGGCUUGCGUGAACAACAAAGGUAGGGCUUACAUAUGGAAUAUAGGAUCGACGAACGUCGACAGUCCCACCAUGUUGAAACCGAAACAUAAAUUUUAUGCCCACAAACGCUACGCUUUGAAAUGCAAAUAUUCUCCAGACUCGAGUUUUUUGAUUACUACAUCUGCGGACCAGUCUGCGCGAAUAUGGGACACUGUUGGUUUUGACUUGAGUCAAGAAUUAAAAGGAGAUAAUCAAAGAUGGGUGUGGGACGCCGCAUGGAGCACAGACGGUCAAUACGUGUUUACAGCUUCAUCUGACAAUAUUGCCAAAUUGUGGAAUGUUAAAGCUGGGACUGUGGAGAAAGAAUAUGCCGGUCACCAGAAAGCCAUAACGGCAAUGGCGUUCAGAGACGCAGCUAUAUAA